AUGGAUCCUGAUGUCUGCUAUGAGAGUUAUUUGACCGAAACCACAGUUCUGAUCAGAGUUGUCUAUUUCACAAUGAUUUUGGUUAGUAUAUGGUGCUUGUUUACAGUUGUAAAAGCGAUAGCGACGAGGAAGGAUAGACGUAUGCCAGUCCAUCCCAACUUUAAGGUGAGUAAAUUGUACGAGACAUACAGGUUUCUAUGAGGCUUGGCACAAGCUAAAAUUUACUCCGUUUUGGUAUGAUUAGUUUCUUUUCCAUUUUUGGAGAAGAAGGAACGAUUACACAACAGUUGUUCGGGAAAAUAAUGGCACAAUGUUGCUGAGCCGAUCGUGUCGCUGAAGUGAAAAGAAACUUGGCUUUGCCGAGACAUAAUUCAUUUUCUGAUUUUCGUUGCGACUGAGUGCUCACUAUUUUCCCGACAGACUGAAAAAAUUUUGCUUUUUCAACACAAAAUUUCCAAAGAUUUGGUCAAAAAAGUCCUUCUUUCCGAUAUUUUAAUAAUAACUCAUAUUUUUUUUAUUUCCAUCGAAUUCAGAUAAUGGUAGCCAAUGGUUGUGCGGUCAUCAUCAUCCAUAGCGCAGCCAUCGGAGUUUCCAAUGCAGUAAUUCUUUUCAACUCGCUGCGAGCUACUCCCACGAAUUGCGCAACGAUAAUCGACCGGCUUUCUUGCCUCGGGCUGCGGAGUUUGCUGAUGCUGUCGAUUCCAAUGUUCACCUGCGUUCAUUUUAUGAUAUUUGUUGAACGAUUUGUGGCUUGCAUGACAAAAAGAAACUAUGAGACAACCGGAACAACAUUGGGUACAAGCUUGGCUGUUACUGGGGUGAGUCAAACUUGGGGGAUUCAAAGAAACACAAUCCAAAAAUGUGAGUGAUAGUAAUAUGUAGUUUCGUUUACACUUGACACAAAGUCGCGUUUUUACAGAAGAUACAAAAAACGCAUUUCACAUUUUUUAUAUGAUCAGUAUAAUACUGAAGUGGGACGGUGAAAAUAUUUGUAAAAUAAUACAUUUCAGCUUAUCUACAAAGGUUCUUCCGUCAUGAAGCACUUUAACACCGCACGUUUUAGCACAGAAAUUAAGAAAUGUAUUCUCUAUGAAAUGCGAAAUUCACCUCGAUUUAUUUUGCAAUGCUCCAAGUGAGGCUGCUUAAAUAAAAAGAUCCUUGUAACACUACCUCACAGUUAAAAACUUUAAUAUGUAUUUCCCAUGACAAGUUACCAUAAAACUCUCAGUCUCAUUCCCUGUAAAUAUAAAUAAUAUUAAACCUUUCAGUGGAUUUUGUCAGCUCUCACAGAACUCUACGCAAUUGGCCGAACAGACCUCUCCGCGACAUACAUUCAUUGCUCCAUUACAACCGACGAAAACCAGCACAGAAUGCUGAUCAUCUUCCAAGUUCUGCUCUGGUUCGAUGUACUCACAACCUGCGGUGACGGACUUUUGCGUAUUCUCACGGUCAAAAAUUCAAGAGUUUCGUUGGCGUUAAGGCCAAAGGCUCAGCUUUCGUAAGUUAAAGCGCGUUAACUUCAGUUGUACUUUCUCAGUUUCAGUACAUUUUCGGGGUAUACGUUAUCCCAGGCAUAUCAGCGCGACGAGAAUCUGCGAAUUAUGAAGAUGAUGUUUCCAAUCGCCGGCGCCUUUUCUGCUGGCCAUUUGAUGCACUCAUUGACUUCGUAUUAUGUCAGAACUCACUUUGUGGUUAAAACAAAUGGCGGUGAAACUCCGGAGAUAAUUGCAGAUGGAAAGACAAGGCUUAUGGCAGCUUUGGAGGCAAUUCAGAUGGUGAGUGUAAACGUGAAUAUUAUAUAAGAGAUACGGCCCGACAAGACUGUAUGUAUGGCAUAAAGAACCUUUUCUCUUGACCCAUAGCUCUUAAUCCUGAAAUUCUGCCAGCCAAUACGUCAAGCGCAAAGAUCUUCUCGGCCUAUAAAUAUAGUCGUAUUUCGGUUUUGUGCUUUGUUAUUGUAGAAUCGUAUGCUUCACAAAAACUUUUUCAGCUCUUCAUGAUGACAGGUGUCGCCGUCGUUCAUUUGUAUACAAGACUGGGAAAGAAGCUCAAAGAUGAAAAAGACUAUGAAUUCGGGAAGAAGAACUCUCAACGUCAUGGGGAUGUGUACUUCUCGUUGUUUGAAAAACAAAUCGGUGGAAAGCAAGCGCGCAAUAUUACGGGUUAA